CAGUCACAUCGAGCUACAGCGCUGGUGCAGCUACUGUUGUCAGCUGUCAUGCUGUUCAAAUUUAUUACUUAAACUUAAUGCAAUUCGACACUGUUUAUGUUUCGCUUUAAUGGUUACGUAGCAAAGAUAAUAUUGGCAUCAUGAUGCUUUAAAAGGAAGUUUUAAGAGUAAGGUUAGGCUUCAAACAAGAGGAUUACCUUUCCUUGCCAACUGCAGACUGACAGUUGUUCGGACUGAUAGCGGCUUGUUUUGUUUAUCUCCGGACAACAUACGAGCCAUGGCUCGUAGGAGUUCCCGCCUGGUGUCUGGUGGCUACUAUAAUUCAGAUGAGGAAUCAGAUUCAAGUAGUGUGACCAACAUAUCCUACAGAGAAAACCCUGUCAAGGUUUUCAAGAAGAAGUCGGGGGCCCGGAAGUCUGCGUCCCGCACCAACAGCAAUGCCAGUUCUGCCCCUGAGACUCCAGUCACUCCAGGUCUGAGUCCAGUAAGCAGCCCUCUAAGAAGUCCCCCUCAGCCCACCAUAAGGACCGUCCCUGACCCCCCUGCUGCUCCAACCCCUCGGCCAGCUCUGACUCCAUCAUUCACCAAUUGUCACAUGCGAUGCCAUUCCAAAACCCCAGAGAAGAGCUCUCAUGCUGGCCCUCACAGCUCUGGUCUGCUGGGUUUACACAAACACAAGGAGCCAGGUCAGAGUGGUGUGGACAGCUCAGGGUACUCUUCAUCUGAGGGCCAAUACAGGAAGCCUUUACCUGUCACCAGUACACCAAGGAGAACCAGCAGCAGUAGCGGUGCAGCUCUUGGUCCAGGAUUCAAAAGCAGAAUCAGUGAUGCCUUUUUCCAUCUAAUGGAUUCAGCCUCAGUGAUGGUGGCGAAUGCACACAAAAAAGUCCUUCAUGUCACAUCUACAGCUAAUGCAUCAGUCAGUAAGCGGAUGAAAAAGGCUUGUGGUCUGGCGCUCCUGCUCCUUUUAAUACUUCUGUGUCUUUGGUUGCUCCUUCCUUUGUUCACCUCUUUCAUCUCCCUCAUGACCACAAAGUCUCCAUCACAAACACAACCCAAGGUUCAGCCUGUUAUCCCCACUCCCAGCGUUCCUCCUCAACCCAACAUCAUACCCUCACCUGUGCUGGAUCCAGUUGUAAUUUCUGCUGCUGUAGAAGCAAAGAUGCAGCAGUUUCUGAUGGAGCUUCAGCUUAAACAGGAUGAGCUUCUCUCCAAGCUGAAGGAGAAACAUCAACUGGACGUGGAUUUUAUGAAAGCAAAAUUGGAGGCUGCGGACUCAGACAUUCGCCGUAACCUGGAGAAGGAAAUUUCUGGUCUGGGAAAACAGAUAGCAGAUUACCAGAUGGACAGCCGCUCUGCUACUGCUAGCCUCAGCUCUAAGAUCCAAACUCUGGAGACCCAGAAUGCUAAGCUGUCCCAGGAGCUAUCAUCCAUCCAGAUAGCAGCCACUCCAACCCCUUGUCCUGAAACCGACACUCUCUCCGUCCACAACCAACUCACACCAGAGCUCCAACAGGCCUUGGAGAAGUGGUUUACUGAUCGUAUCAAGGAACAGGAUGCAGUCAUGGUUGGAGACAAAGGAGGCUGCUCAGAGUGCAGACAUCCCAUGGCAGACAAGAUGGCAGACUUUGCUCUUGAGACUCAAGGUGCCAGCAUUGUCAGCACACGGUGUUCAGAGACGUAUCGCAUUCGAUCAGCAUGUGUGACUCUUUUUGGUUUUCCUCUCUGGUAUCCAUCUGAAAGCCCACGGACUGUCAUCCAGGGUUACCCGGUUCUCCUUCCAGGGAAAUGUUGGGCAUUCCACGGAGUCCAAGGCAACCUGGUCAUCUCUCUGUCACACCCCAUCACCAUAAGUCAUGUGACUCUGGACCACCUGCCACGCUACAACUCCCCCACCGGCCACAUCAACUCUGCACCGAAAGACUUUGAAGUCUAUGGGUUGAAAAACGACACAGAAGAAGGAACUCUGCUUGGGACGUUUACUUACGAGGAAAACGGAGGGUCAACUCAGACAUUUAAACUACCUACCCCCAACGACGCAGUGUAUCGGUUUGUUGAGCUGCGAGUUCUCUCUAACUGGGGUCACGCCGAGUACACAUGCCUGUACCGCUUCCGUGUUCAUGGAAAGAUCGCCUCCACAUAGGCGUACCUCUACAUCACUCGCCUAAAGACACGAAAGUUCUCAUUUUAAGUCUGAUGAGUUGCAGACCAAGUGAUCCUGAAAAGCUGUGGAGUAUUGUUACUCAUGUGACACAGCUGUAUGGAAAACAGCAGGUAUUUGAUUUUUUUUUUUUUUGUGGUUUCAUCCAGUAAUGCUGAAGUUACAGACAUCAUUGGGAAGCUAAUUGUGCAGUGCACAUUUGGCUUUUCAGUUCUAAGAAUAAAGGUAUAACAAAAAAUCUACCUAGUUAGAGCUUUGAACAGCAUAAGGUUCUGGUAACCUUAUGCUUGUAAUCCUGCCACUAGAUCAUGUUUAAUAUUUUGUUACUGAUCGUUUGUAUUUAUGAGGACUUUCCUGCUGCAUAGGCCUCCAAUGCAUAUAUGAGAACGUUUCUAGUUGUACCUUAAUUAGUAGUAUCCAGACUGAAUAUAUCUGAAAAAAAUAAAAUUUUAACUUUUUCUAAAAUGCAGCUUAUAACUAAUAGGUUACAGAUUAUGUUGAACGCUAAACAAAUUUCAACAUGUCUUCUUUUUAUAAGAAUAAUGAAGGUCUAGUCUGUUCAAACUUUAUUUGCACCUUUUUAAAAACAAUCUUUGAUCACUGCGGUGAUAUUCCCCUUUUGACUGACUUGUAAAAAUUAUUGAAGGCAGCAGUGAAGCAUGUUUAUUCAGUAUUGUUUAUUAAUAACUUAAAUUUGAUUGACUAUUCUACAAAGAAUAAUGGUAUUUAUGCAGCUUUUUAUCAUCAAUUUGCACUCUUCCAGUAGACUCUAGUGUGCUGUUUUUUGUUUUAUUUUUGGUAAUUGAGAUACUUGAAUAACCUUGUUGCUAACCUGUUUUAUAAGACGCCAUGCUAAAGGCAUGAAAGAUCUCUUUCUGCUUCCUUGUACAGAGGAUUUUAUAUGACCUUUUCAACCUGAAAUGAAAGGUGUUUUUAUUUGAUAGACCAUAAUAUAUAUAUGUAAAUUUAUAUUAGAUUUGCUUUGAAUAUUGAAAAUCCUGAUAAAAGUAUUUUUAAAGAUUCCGAUGUUUCAUUUCAAUCUGUUAAUUGGCAGGACUUUCAGCAGCUUUUUGUUGAUUUAUAUGUUGCACAGAAUAUUUGAAUUUGAUUGAGAAGAAUGUUUAAUACUUUACUCUGUGAUGCACUAGAUGUGUUAUUGUAAUUUGUUUUAAUUCAUCGGUUCAAAUUCGCACAAAACAAAAACUCAGGAUCAGAAUAAAUGUUUUUUUGUAAUGUUUUGCUUUUUAAUUGAAAACUUAUUCAGAGGUUUUCAAUUGAUGCAAAGUUUAUGUUUUAAAUUGUUUUGAUGGCUUAAUCAUUACCACUCUUUAUAAAAAUGUUACUGCACAAAAAAUUGUUUGGAAUAGUUAAUUUAACAGGCUCUAUCUUGGUGAUUACAAUCUAA